UUGGCCCCUCUCUUUUUUCUUUCGUGGCAUGGCCUUUGGUCACUCUUUGGGGGCUCUGUAUUGACUGUGACUUCGUUUCGUUCUUUGGCGACCGCUGGAGUUAAUUUUACCGUCGAUCAUUUGACGCGCGCUCGCUUGAGCUUUGUUAAUACCUACAUAGAGAACGCUUUCGGGAGAUUAAAGUGUAAACGAAAUUGGAAGGAAGUUUUUUGGCCCGUUUUCUCUUCCUUGUGAGGCAAGUUUUGGUUGGUCCUUUGCCGUUAUGGAUAGUAU